GAGUAUACCAGCAACCAGCUACUACAGUCUAUCAGUCUAUCAAUUGCAGUUGACUGGCCUUUGCAGUUCAGAAGUUGUUAUUUUGUAGCCUAUUCCCUCCAAUUUGAUUUCCCACAAUUCGAUUUUGUGCUUUGUGGCGGUAAUGUCGAUAAAAGGUUUUCACAUUCAAGUAACAUUCAAGUAAUUAAUAGUUCAAAUAAAAUGGCGAAAGAUGAGAAGAUGAACAAAUCGAUUGAGACUACGACACCACUACGUGUGAUUGACAGGUUCUUUGAUAUUGCCACACCAGUUGAUUCGCCUGAUCUAUUAGACGAAAUUUUUGAACCUCCUAAUAAGAAACUUGUUCUACAAAACGAAGAAGUUGUUACACCUGUAGUAAGUUCUCAAAGUAGUCAGAGGGUUCAGAAAAGGAAACUUAAUGAUGAAGUACUAUCUCAAGGAAAUGUCUCAAAAAAGAAGAGUGUUGAUGAGACACGGACUCACAGCUUUCAGGAUGAUUCCGUCUUUGAUAACUCUGAGAUUCUGUCAAACUUAGGAAGUCCGAGUUUAGUUGUUCGCCCAAUACCAACCAAAAAAAACAAGAAACGGAUGUCAAUUUCUGCUUAUUCCAAAGCAUUCCAAAGCCAGCAGCUCGGUCAGCAGUCACAGGUGGUAAAUACCUCUGAUGACCUGGGUGAAUCAAAUAUUCCUUCUGAUUUAGGAAGUCCAGAUAAAUUACUCUCUCGAAGACCUUUGAAAUCUAAGAAACGUACAUCUACAUCAAUGUUUAAAGAAACCCUUGAUGGGAAAAAAGAUCAACAAGAACAAGAUUCUGAAGAAAUCCCCUCAACUUUAGAAAGUCCUGGAAAGAAGCAUGAAGUUAGUCGCCUUGAAAACAAAUCUAAAAUGCGAAUGUCGACUACCACCUUCAAAAAGGUGUUAGAAGAUCAACAAGAACAAGAUUCUGAAGACAAUCCCUCAUCUUUAGAAAAUCCUGCAAAGAAGCAAGAAGUUAGUCGCCUUGUUAACAAAUCUAAAUCGCGAAUGUCGACUAGAGUAACAAAAAAAACUCAAGAAGACGAGAAAGAACAAGAUUCCGUGGAAAUUCCCUCAGCUUUAGAAAGUCCUGAAAAGAUGCAACAAAUUAAUCGCCUUGUCAAAAAAUCUAAAACGCGAAUGUCGACUACAGCGUUCAAUAAAGCUCUACAAAGCCAGAAAGAACAAGAUCCUGGUGAGAUGAAGAAAUCAAAAGCACUCUUAGAAACCCCAACUAAAGCUAGUGAUUCUGAUUUGUCUGACGAUAGCGACAUGCCAGAACUGGAAUCCUCAGAUGAUUUUUCUCCUUCUACAUCAUCCACACAGAUAAUAAAAAGUAAACACUUAAUGACUGGCCCGACAGUGGAGCCAAGAGAAAAGAAUGACAUUCCUGCAUCAUCAGAAUCUCCUCUUAAAGGUCCUACACUGGAAAUCCCAAACGUUUUGGUGUCUAAGAGAUCUAAUUUAACGGCGGUAACCUCGCAUCACGCAACUCUUCCAUUAGUCGACGAAGAAAUAGAAGAAAAAGGAACGGUUUCGCGUACUUCCAGCCGAGCAUCAAAUAAGUCAUCAUCGUCAUUAAAUGACAGCAAACGAAGCGCAGUCCCAGCUUCAGAUAAUGAUCCCGAAGAUGCUGAUGCUGAAUCAGUUUCGUCGGUAAUUAAGAAAAUUAACAGAAGUUUGCGCAGUGCCAGUCGAGCUUCCAACAAAACAACGACGGUAACAAAGUCUAAUGAUAACAUUAGUUCCAGCCGAGCCUCCAAAUCCUUACCGGGAAAUAAUGAUGUGGUGUUGAAAAAAGCAAAUAAUUCAUCACGGUCAACCGCUUCUCGCAGAACUACUUCGCCUUCCGCUGAAGAAACGAGAAAUAUUUCACGGAGUUCUAGCAGAGCCUCUCAAUCAUCGUCUUCAUCAAAUGUAAUCAGAAGAAAGAAAAUUCAACGCCCAGACUCAGAUGAAGACAAUGGCCCCAUAUUGAAUCUAUUACCAUCGCCUAAAAUCAAGGAAAUUGAAAAAAACUUGCGGAGCUCUAGCCGAGCUUCCUACAAUUCCUUGUCAGAAACAAUUGAUGAAGUUUUCAACAGCCCCAAUAAAUCAACACGAUCAACUGCUACUCGCAAAACUCCUUCGCCAUUACUUGAAGAAAUUGAAAGUAUUCCAGGCAGUUCAAGGAGGGCAUCCGAAUCAAAGUCUUCAUCAAACGUAAUCAAAAGGAAGAACAUAACACGCCCAGAAUCAGGUGAAGAUGAUGAUCCUGUAUUGGAAUUGCCAUCGCGUUCUAACCGACCUCCCAAUAAGUCGUUACCGGCGUUCUCCAGAGUAAUCUUAGAUUCCGAUUCAGAAUCGGAAUCGGAAGAACCUGACGACCUCUUGUCGAAGCAAAUUACGGAACCCAUCAACAAAACUCCAUCUCCCGUCAUAGAGCAGGUCGAAGAAGCUAAAGCAUCGUUGUCAUCAUCUGGAAGCCGCUCACGAGGAAGUCAGAAAUUUGAGUCUCUGGCCACCAAAGAGGAUCGUAGUACGAUUCAACCAAUUGUGGAUGAUCUACUAUUGAUCAACGAAGCUGAAGUGGAGGAAACUCCACCUAGUGAUAACGAUUCCAUAGACGAAAAGUCUACAGAAGAAAAUGAUGAGGAAGAAACGGACGAAGAGUUAUCUGCGAAGUCGAGAAGACUAACGCAUUCUUUGCCUGAAUCCAGCAAGUCUAGUUCCCGCAAAUCAGGAAAAAUUGGGAUGAGUCCAACCAACCGAUAUCCUGCUCUUAAAAACUCUACGGUAGUUGCAGGAGGUGCAGAUUUCGGUGGAGCUCCGCUCAGCAUGUCCCCAAUCAGACCUAGUGAGCAAGGUGCUCCUACACUGAUUUUCUCAACUAAAAAAUCGAAUGCAUCAGAAUCCUCUAAUGCUGGAACAGUGACUAGUACGAACGCAUCAUCACCUACGUCAAGGAAUGUUCAAAAGACUCCUUUACACCCGUCUACCCCUGCUCCGUUCGCCAGAAAACGGAAGAGUUCCAUAACCCAAAGCCCAAUGUUCAUGAACGUGAUGAAGUCUUCUGUGAAAAAAGCUAUAAGAAAUGUUCAGGAUCAACAGCCUUCGACUCCAUCUACUCCAGCUCCUGAUUCAGCUACUCCUGCAGCUUCACGCGUUCCGGUAGCGAAAACUGCUCAGGAUAAAAAACAAUUGACUUCUACUACACCUGCUCUUUCACGCGCGUCUGUAGCCAAUAUCGCAUCCAAAGGAUUAAGUAUUUUAAAUCCUGAGAAAGGGAAGUCAUUAGUUAAGUCAGCACUUGAUGAGAAAGCUGAAUCUUCUGAUACAGAAUGGGACGACGUGGAAGAUGAUCAAGAAAGACCGAUCCCGCGUUGCAUUGCCAUUGCUUUUGAGAAUAUUGAAGAUAGAAGCAAGGAUUUUGUCCCAUUAGAAAAACGACUGAAGGCAGAUCCUGUUUUUCAAGCGAAAGUCAAGUUUCAGCGGGCCAAAGUGGCAGCCCAAAAAGCCGAAGAAGCGGCAGCAGAAGCGAAAAAGAAGGCGGCUAAGAAAAAGCCCCGUGCAGUUAGCACCAAAAAGAAAGAAGAAGAUAACAUUACAAGUGUGGCAUUCAAUAAAGCAAAUUUCCGCUUCUACGCAGGCACCAAAGUGACGAAAGAAGCUUUGGAUGCUGUACACGGCUUGGUGGGAGAAUGGUUCGACUUUACUCUCGACCAAAUGGAGAAUUUUUGCAUCGACGAAGGUAUACCAUCCUUGGAUUCGUGGGAACACUGUUACAAGAUGAUGAAAAGGCAAGGUAUUGUUAAGAAUUACAUGGAAUACUCUGGCCUAUGCCACGAAUUAUUAUUGAAUGAUGAAUGCCAACUACUCCUUCCUACCACUGCCCCGCCCGAAUAUUACGAAUGGAAACGGAAAGCAAAGAGGGAACACAAAUAGGCAUUGUUUCGUUUUUCAAGCAUCCUUGUUUCAAGUUCAUUUUUUUUUAUUACAACGAUUUUACACGCAGGUAAAAUGUGCCAUUUUGGUUAUUAUGUUUUAUCCUGCGUUUCCCCUUGUUUUAAGAAAAAUUCCGUUUCCAUAUUUGAAUUCCGUAAAAUCAAAUCAUACAUCGCAUCCAGCCUAAUAAGUGCUUACAAUAUGCUUUGUAUUAAUAAAGAAAUUCACGUUUAAAAUAGCAAGUAUCAAGUAAUUCCAUGUAUUUUUGUUGUCUGCGGGUUUCUCAUGUACUACGUUUUGUCAUUCUUUUGUUCAAAUCCAAGGGCUUAUCGGAUUUAUGUUUCGGCAAAUUAGAUGUGUUGCCAAAAAUUUACAUAUGAAAUGCAUUUGAAAAUACAGAUGGUCGCGAAAGUGUUUUUUUGCUCGCAACAAGUUA